UCAUACCAGCUGACGAGGAGUGAGGGUCGAGGAAAAGGGAGAAGGGGAUGCGUCGUGUCUGACUCUGGCCUGAAAAAAACGGUUUAAAAUGAGGAGCAGAAGCAAUUCCGGUGUGAGGCUCGACUACUACCAUAGAUAUCACGGAAACAUCCUGGGGAACCAGGAUGCAGUUACUGGCCUGCUUCCCGCAAGUAAUCUCAAUGACCAUGCUUGGGUGCGAGACAACCUUUACUCCAUCAUGGCGGUGUGGGGGCUGUCCAUGGCUUAUAAGAAGAAUGCAGACUUGGAUGAAGACAGAGCCAAGACAUAUGAGCUGGAGCAGAGUUGUGUGAAGUUGAUGCGUGGUCUCCUGAACUGCAUGAUGCAGCAGUUGGAUAAGGUGGAGAAGUUCAAACACACACAAGCUCCCAUUGACUCCCUGCAUGCAAAGUAUUCCUCCAAGACAGGUCAGAUUGUGGUCAAGGACAAUGAGUGGGGUCACCUGCAGAUUGAUGCCACGUCACUCUUCCUCCUGGUCUUGGCACAGAUGACGGCAUCAGGUUUGCAGAUUGUGUUCAACUUAGAUGAAGUUAGCUUUAUCCAAAACCUGGUCUUCUACAUAGAGUCUGCAUAUUGCAUUCCUGAUUAUGGAAUCUGGGAGAGAGGAGACAAGACCAAUCAUGGGUUGCCAGAACUAAAUGCUUCAAGCAUUGGUCUUGCCAAGGCAGCUUUAGAGGCAAUGAAUGAAUUGGACCUGUUUGGGGCAAGAGGUGGCCCGGCUAGUGUCAUCCAUGUGCUUGCUGAUGAGGCCCAGAAGUGCCAGGCUGUGCUGCAGUCUAUGCUGCCACGUGAGAGUAAUAGCAAGGAGGUUGACAGCAGCCUUUUGGCAGUCAUCAGCUUCCCUUCCUUUGCUGUGGAUGACCCAUUGCUCAUCAAGCUAACGAGGGACACCAUUCAGGAUAAGCUACAGGGGCGUUAUGGAUGCAAGAGGUUCCUCAGGGAUGGCUAUAAGACAGCCAAGGAGGACCCCAGCAGACUGUAUUAUGAACCUUGGGAGCUGAAAAGGUUUGAGAAGAUUGAAUGUGAGUGGCCUCUCUUCUACUGCUAUCUCAUUCUAGACUAUUGCUUCCAAAAUGACAAAGAGGCUGUUAAGGAGUAUGCGGAAAUGCUCGAGGAGCUAUUAGUGACAACUGAAGAUGGCCUAAGACUUGUGCCCGAGAUCUACACAGUUCCAGCAGAGAAUGUGGAGCAGGAGUACAAGGAACCAGGUUCUCAGGAUCGUGUGGCUGUUGGCAAGCUGCCCUUCAUGUGGGCCCAGAGUCUCUUUAUCAUGGGGCGACUUUUGCAGGAUAACUUCUUGGCCUGCGGCGAGCUCGAUCCCCUCAACCGUCGUCUGGUCGAGAAGAAGCCAGACGUAGUGGUGCAGGUGGUGGUUCUGGCAGAAGACUCGAGCAUCCAGGCCAAACUGCAGGCGCUGGACAUCCCCGUGCAGACGAUUGCCGAAGUGUCCCCCAUUGAAGUGCAGCCAGCAAGAGUUUUGUCAAAGCUUUAUGCUCAUCUAGGUCGUAACCAGAAGCUUGGUCUGUCUGGUCGUCAAAGCCGUGAUGUCGGUAUCCUUUCAACAAGCAAAUUGUAUUCCCUGCAAGAUAGAAUAUUUGCAUUUACUCCUCAGUUCGUAGAUCGGCAGCGAUUCUUCAUUGCCUCCGAUUUGGACCUUCUUUUAGACAUUUUCAAAACUGAACUCAACUUCUUGCAAUAUACUUGGAAGCACAUGUUGGGGCGUCCUAUUGUCACGUUGGAGAUCAAUCAAAGCUUCCUAGGUAAACGGUUCAGGUUCAUCAAAGACACCCAGUACCUUCCCUGGCUUGCAUAGAGAGAGAGAGAGUGGCUGGUAACUGUCAGUCCCUUUUAAAUACCUCCUGGAAAGUCCCU